GAGGAGCAGGAGCAAGAGGGUGGGCAAGAAGAGAGGGCAAGGCCAGGCAAGCGCAAGCUCGGGAGUAUGGCCAAGGCCCUCUGCCGGUACAGCGUCUGGACAGCAGCGGGCAGCCGGCAACCCAACCACACAGAGAGCCCCACAAGAGCGUCAUCCAACCGCCGACAAGGGAAGACCUCCCCACCAGAAACAACGGGCGGUGGGACGGCGGCAAUACACACGACGUCGUGGCGUACGAAAGCCAGGUGUCAUGACCAGGGACAACGAUACUGCCAGGAGCGCGGCUGUACAACACAGCCAUCGUAUGGCCAAGCCUACAGGAAGAAUGCGCAGUUCUGCUCUCAGCACUCUAAGCCAGGGAUGACAAACCUCAAUCAGAAGAGGUGCGGCCAUGAAGGGUGCAUCAAGCAGCCUUCAUAUGGCAAGUACGGCAGCAAGAAUGCGCAGUUCUGCUCUCAGCACUCUCAACAGGGCAUGGUUCUUGUUCGUGCCAGCAAAAGGUGCGGCCAUGCAGGGUGCAUCAAGCAGCCUUCAUAUGGCAAGUACGGCAGCAAGAAUGCGCAGUUCUGCUUUCAGCACUCUCAACAGGGCAUGGUCAAUGUCCGUGGUAGAAGGUGCGGCCAUCCAGAAUGCAUGAAGCUACCUUCAUAUGGCAAAGACGGCAGCAAGAAGCGGGAGUUCUGCUCCAAGCACGCUCAACCGGGUAUGGUUGACGUCGUCAGCAAGAGGUGCUGCCAUCCAGGGUGCAUGAAAUACCCGUCAUAUGGUAGCGUCGGCAGCAAGAAGCCGUACUUCUGCGCUCAACACGCGCAUCAGAGCAUGGUCACUGUAUUCAACAAACGGUGCGGCCAUCCAGGGUGCACAACGCGGCCGCACUAUGGCAAAGUCGGCAGCAAGAAGGCAGAGUUCUGCGCUCAGCACUCUAAGCCAGGGAUGACUAACGUCACGAAGAAGGCCUGCGGCCAUGCAGGGUGCAUCAAGCAGCCUUCAUAUGGCAAAGACGGCAGCAGGAAUGCGCAGUUCUGCUCUCAGCACUCUCAACCGGGCAUGGUCAAUGUCGUGAAGAAGAGGUGCGGUCAUCCAGGGUGCAUGACUCAGCCGUCGUAUGGCAGAGUCGGGAGCAAGAAGGCGGAAUUCUGUGCCCAGCACGCGCAACCGGGCAUGGUCAAUGUCGUGAAGAAGACCUGCGGCCAUCCAGGGUGCACGAAGUUUCCGUCUUUUGGAAAAUACGGUAGCAAGAAGGCGGAGUUCUGUGGCCAGCACCCGCGGCAGGGCAUGGUCAAUGCGGACUCCCGGUUCCUGAAACCUGUGUUCGGAGGAUCGAUGCAGGACAUCCAGGCAGAGCUCGCCAGGGAGGCGCGGGAACAGGAGUCGAUGCGUAUGUCCCUCGACAAGCUUCCUCUUCUGUCACCUCUUCCACCAGAGACGGGGGGGGGCGCAGCAACGAAAUGUCCAGCAGCAGGGGGGGGUCCGCCUCUCCCAGACGACGCCCCCCGUCGUCUCCCGCGGGCGGAGGCGGCGGAGGAGGAGGAGGAGGGUCAUCCGGGUCUGAUUCGGCGGGGUCCCCUGGGUAUUGGGAUGCCUCAGGGAGAGGGAGGCAGCACAGAUCCGCGAUAG